AUGCUGCCAUUACUGCUAGCAUUUCUGCUACCGGCGCUUUCACUUUGCCGCUAUGAACCGGAACUCAUCGUGGUUACUGUAGCCACCGAGGACACUGACGGCCUGCGACGCCUUCUGAAAUCAGCGGAAGAAUUCAACAUAAAAGUGCAAGUGCUUGGAAUGGGUGAAGAGUGGAAAGGUGGGGACACUAGGGUAGCACAGGUAAGAGCUCAGUUCAAUGGAGCCCUCUAA